GAAAAGUAAGUAUUUCUGUAGCGUCGGCCCAUCUUUCUCCUUCCGUGAAGAAAACAGGCAGCAGCUUUGUGCUUCAACCUUCUCCUCCGAUCGCCUGCAGUCUACCGCACGCCAUCGACCGUCGCGGAAGGAACAAAUUGAAGAGAAAAUGAAGAAAAAGAAAGGAAAUUUUUGGAUAUGGAUGAUGUUGUCAGUGAUUUUCAGGCUCCUUAUGAUAUAUUUUCCCAAUCUGAAUCUGUCCUCUCGGCCCGAGGUCGCCACACCUCUAACAAGCAUUCAUCGAUUGGCUGAGGGUUACUGGUUGAAACAGUCGUCAAUGUCUCCCUAUACAGGAUCUAUGUAUCAUGGCUCUCCUCUGUUACUGUCUCUUCUAGGGCCAUUGACUGUCAAAAGGAUUAAAGGGCAACCAGACCAUCUUUUAUGCAGUUUUGCUUUUGUGGUUGCAGAUGUUCUGAGUGCGUUGCUUAUUCGUGGAAUUGGUCAGAAUCUUCAGAGGGCAUACUAUCAAAGUUUGAAACUACUAAAAGUUAAAUUAUCAAAAAACUCAGAGAUUUUCCCAGCUGGAGAUAUUGCUUCUCUUGUGUACGUAUGGAAUCCUUUCACAAUAGUUGCAUGUGUGGGUUUGUCCACAUCUCCAAUCGAGAAUCUAGCCAUUGUGCUUACUCUUUAUGGAGCAUCAAAAGGACAGGUUCCGUUGGCUGCUUUUGGAUUUGUCAUGGCAACCCAUCUAUCUCUUUAUCCUGUAAUUCUGAUAAUUCCGGUAGUCCUUCUAUUAGGUAAUGGCUUAGAUGCUCCUCCUAGGAAAUUCUUCUUUGAAAGGACUCGUAGUAGAGUUGUUGAAAGACCUUCAAAUGAUAGCUGUAGUCAGCAAGAGGAAGUGAUCAAUCAGCCUGAAGUACCAAAUGGUUUCUCACUGAGGCCAGUCAUGUAUUUCUUAUUAUGGGUUUCUUUAUUUUCUGCUUAUCUGCUGCUUCUCUGUGGUGUAUCUCUCAAACAGUUUGGUGGACUGUGGGAGAUGUUUAGAAGCACAUAUGGCUUUAUUCUCACCGUGCAAGAUUUGUCCCCUAAUAUUGGAGUUCUAUGGUACCUUUUUGCAGAAGUGUUUGAGUUCUUCAGGGACUUUUAUUUAAUAGUGUUUCAUAUCAACAUUUUGUUUAUGAUAUUGCCAUUGUCCAUACGUCUCUGCCAUCGACCUUUGUUUCUGGCUUUUGUGCUUCUUUCUAUUUCUGCCAUGUUGAAGUCUUACCCUUCGGUGGGAGACUCAGCUUUGUACUUAAGUUUUAUGGGAUUAUUUAUAGACGAAUUAGUUGAUUUGGAGUUCUCAUUCUUUCUAUUCUGUGGGUAUAUUGGGAUUUCCCUGCUCAGCCCUGUGAUGCACAACCUUUGGAUAUGGAGGGGAACUGGCAAUGCAAAUUUCUACUUUGCAAAUGCUAUGGCUUAUGCUUGCUUCCAGAUCGUUCUAGUGGUUGAGAGUGUAAGUACAAUGCUGAAUCAUGAUCGGAAGCUAAGGAAGCUAUCUGCAAUGAAGCUUUCACGAUAGAUAGUUAAACUCCAAGUUAUAGCACCCAAAACCUCAAAGAAAAAUUACCCUUUUGUAAUGGGAAAAGAAUUAUUGAUUACCACUUACCUCAACUUUGAACCUCUUUUCUCUCAUCAGAUUAAAACUGGUAAAAUCAAUUACCAUCUACUAAUUGGAUUUUUUUGUGUAUUUCUUAGAUUUGUAAUUUUUUGUAGACGUUUAUGUAGUACUUUUUCUUUUUGGUGUUGACA